UUGCUCCAGUACCAACAGAUAAAAUUCACUGUGGGACGUGGCAUUUACAAAUUCAUUUUAACCUACAGACUGAAAGGCCGAUUUCGUGUUUCAACCGACUUGAUUUGUCUCUCUGAACGAAAUGGAACUUGAUUAUUCCUUGGUCCCUGAAACGGAUUUAACUAGUGGAGACUACGAUGGACUCGUUUUUGUAUCUCACAGUUGUAAAGAAGAGACCAUACCUGAUGUAGUCAAGAAUGCAGUUAAAGUUGGAGCAGGACUUGCAAAUGACAUUCAUGAAACGGUUUCGGUCAUUCCUGUGAAUGUUCCAGCUGGAAGGCUUGUUUAUUCACCCACUGGAAACCUCAACACUGAUUACCAUGAUGUUAGGAGUUAUGGCGAGGCUGCCAAAAAGGGCAUAACCAGAGCCAUUAAGUGUGGUGUUAAAAAACCAUUGCUUGUACUAGUAACAAGCACACGAUUUCCAAAAAAUAAGCUUGUGUGUUUAUUGGGUGCUUUGGAGGGACUCUAUGUGACUUUACAAUUUAAAGAAGUCUGCCCUCAAGAAUCACCAAAAGUGUCAUCCCUAGGAGUUUGGUCUGACAAACCUGAAGAACUGGAAAAAUUGGUCAAAACUGCUCAAUUGCUAGAAUGUGGCAGAGUUGUUGCAAGAGAUAUCGGUGGUAGCGACCCAGAGCGUAUGUGCCCACCAAGAGUAGAAGAAUACGUUAAGAAAGUCUUCCCACCGAGUUCUGGCGUAACUGUCGAGGUAGUGAGCGAUGAUAACAAAUUAAAAACCAAUUAUCCGCUUUUUUCCGCAGUCAACCGAGCAGCAAGUGUUAUUGAAAGACACAGGGGGAGAAUCAUAUAUUUGACUUACGAAGGGAAAAACGUACAAGAAACUCUAUACUUUGUUGGCAAAGGUGUAACUUACGAUACAGGUGGUGCUGAUAUCAAGUGCGGAGCUUGGGGCAUGGCAGGCAUGAGCAGAGACAAAUGUGGUGCAGCAGCUGUAGCAGGGUUCAUGAAGGUGCUAAGUUAUGUUAAACCUCCUCAUCUUAAAGUUGUUGGAAUAAUGAGUGUGGUGAGAAACUCAGUCGGAGAAAACUGUUACGUUGCUGACGAAAUAAUUAAGGGGCGAAGCGGUGCGAAAGUGAGAGUUAUGAACACUGAUGCCGAAGGGAGGAUGAUCAUGGCUGAUGUUCUUUGUCAUGCUAAGGAAAUGGCUGUUGAAAGCAAAAACCCUCACCUUUUCUCAAUUGCAACUCUCACAUACCAUGCUUUGAAUACUUACGGAAAGGGUUAUACAGUCGCCUUAGACAAUGGGCCAGCUAAAAAAACUAAUUUUGCUUAUAAGCUUCAAUCAUCUGGUGAUGAAAUCGGUGAUCCUUUAGAAGUCAGUAUGUUAAGAAGGGAAGACUAUAACAAUUAUAAAGCUGACGAAGAAGGAGUUGAUGUUCGUCAAUGUGCCCCGAAACCUUCGUUCUCGAGAGGUCAUCAAGGUGCUUGUACUUUCCUCAACCUCGCGUCAGGCCUAGACAAGCAUGGGCUCGAUUCAAAAACUCCAUUGUUGUACACCCACUUGGACAUGUUGGCUUCUAUGGGUGAAGUUCCAGAAAUAGCAACUGCAGCUCCUGUACUUGCCCUCUCCAAUAAAUUUCUCUUGCAAUAUUUGUAAAAUUGGGUUGUUAAUCUCUAUCGGCAUGCUUGUAUGAGAAUAAAAUAAAUAAUCUUUUGAAUAGUUAUGUAAACUAUAAAUCAUACUUUUGUGCGUGUUAUCAAAUGCAUUAAAAUGGAAUUUAUGAACCUUCUUUCUGAAUUGUCUUGAUAAAAUGUCGACUUUUUACAAUAAACUAAACAUAUUUGUAUACUGCAA